GUUCCAUUGACAAGAAUGCCCGAGCAUUGGAAGAGCUUAGGGAUAUUAUUUCACCACUUGUCCAUAAGUGUAGUGAAAAUGUAAAGAAGGUAAGCCUUCCGGGUAUAAGGGACACUGUAAUUCACUUGAAACCCACAGAUUUGCAGAAGGAGUUGCUUAGAAGGAUUCCAGAGAAUCCAAGCUCCUUUUAUGAACAAAAUCUGGUGUCUCUUAUCUCUGUUCAUCCUUCAUUAGUGGCCAAGAGGAAGGAGUUCUCUGACUUAGAAAGUCAGCUAACAGAAAGAGGCUGUCGGUUGGAUCCAGAUACCGGAGUAAAAAUGAAAUUUGUUGUUGAGCUUAUCAGACUUUGCGGUGGGCGGAAGGAGAGGGUUAUAAUAUUUAGCCAGUUACUUGAUCCUCUAAACCUGAUCAAGGAGCAACUCAAUUCUCUCUUUGGCUGGACUUUAGGUCGGGAGAUUCUCUAUAUGGAUGGGAAACUUGAUGUGAAGCAGCGGCAGAUAUCUAUAAAUUCUCUUAAUGACCCUAAGAGUGAUGUAAAAGUGCUUCUUGCAUCCAUAAAAGCCUGUUCAGAAGGAAUAAGUCUGAUAGGGGCCUCAAGAGUGGUUUUGCUUGACGUUCUCUGGAAUCCCUCAGUAGAACAGCAAGCCAUCAGUCGAGCUUACAGGAAUGGGCAGACCAAAUUUGUGCACGUUUACUGUCCAGUAACAUCAAAAUGGGAGGUUGACAAGAUUGAACAGCAGACGAGAAAAAAGUACCAUUCAGAUGUUCUUUUGUCUAGGGAUCAUGAAGCCAAGAUGGAUCCUUCAUGUUCUGUGUCAGAGGAUAACAUACUAGAAUCCAUGGUUGAGCAUGAGGGCCUCCGUCAUAUUUUUGAAAAGCUCUCUCAUGCACCACGUGUGGUGCCGUCUACAACAUGCCUUGAUUCGUCUAACCAACCUCCAAAACCAAGCAGUUAG